AUGCAAAUGAAAUUCAUCGGAGAGGCUGGUGCAGUGGUGAGAAGUGCAACUAGAUUUCUACCAUAUGAUUGGCAAAUAGAAGGGGCUGGGAAGAGGGAAUGGGAAGAGGGAAUGGGAAGAGGGAAUGGGAAGAGGGAAUGGGAAGAGGGUGGUACGGGUGAAGGACCCAUCAACAAAAGAGGUGCAAGGACAAGCUCUCAGAAGUUCAUACGACAUGAGCCAGAGAUGUUCAAGACUUUUGUUAUCGCUUAA